UCAUAAUAUAUAGUUCCCUCACUAGCUUACAUAUUUUGAGUAAUAAUAUUUCCACGCAGCUUAGUUAUGAAUACCAAAGGAGCUUCUGGGUCAGCAAAACCAGCAGAUGCAAAACCAGCUGGCUCAGCAACUAAUAAUGAUGCUCCGAAACCCAGCCCCUUCAAGAUAAGCGACGAGCAGAUCAAGGAGCAAAUUUUUAAGGCUCAUGGUAAUGACGGGACGUUAGCUGCCGAUUCUCUCUUCCCUAUCGUUGUAAACAUCCUUAAGCGUUCAACCCAAAUUGUUGAUGACCUUGUCAAGGGAUAUGCCAAAGUACCUCCGGCGAAGACUGAGGAUACCCAGAACGUCCCCACCGCCAAUAUCAAUAUACCGAUUUGCACUCUUAAGGACAUUCGUUUUGAGCUAUCAUGUUGCAAGGAUCCACAACCGGAAACGGCACAUGAAAGAACACUGAAAAUACUCACAAACCUAAAAGCCUAUUCAUGGGACGCGACAGCGGUGUUGACGCUAGCGGCCUUUUCCUCGGAAUUUGGGGAUUUCUGGCUCCUCGUUGAGCUUGAGAAAUCAAACCAUAACAAUCUGAGCAAAUCAUUGGCAAUCUUAAAAGGCGCUUCAAACCUUACCAGUACUGCUGAGAUACUUCAGGCGCGUAAAACCGCAGUAAUCGCACUUAAUGAUCUCAUCAAGGAUACACUAGAAUUGACGGACAUCAUCUUCCAAUUGGAGAAUCUUUCUUCUGACUUUCCAAUCGAGAUAGCAAAAAUACCAAAAGAAACAGAUAUCUAUUGGAUUAUGAUAGCUGUCAUUGCAUGCGGGUCUAAGGUUGCAAUUCUCACAAGUACUGAAGAGAUCAAGCCACUCGAUCUGUCCCCCUACGCUGACAAAAUUAAAGCCGUCCUAACCACACGGAAGGGAAAAUUAACCGACUUACUUCUGAAGAAAGCUGAGGGAGCUUUCUAUUCUGACCUCGUAAAAGUCUCCAAAAUUCGUACAAAAGACCCGGAGUUUCUUGCUAAACUCUUCUUCGGCAAGGAUUAUGCUGAUGACAAUGCGAAGCUUAUAAUUGAUGAAUCAAACAAUUGUAACAAGGUUGUUCUCAAUGUGCUCACUGAUAAGACAAAAACUUUGUUUAUCCUCGUUUCGUAUCUUGACAUAUUUGAUGAUGAUCUAGACAUUCUCAAAUUGAUUCAAACCGAAAAAAUAGCAAAAGACCAGAAGCUUCAAGAGCAGUAUGGGAUUGUUUGGAUGCCAAUUGUGGAUGAGAAUCAACCAGAAUAUUAUCAGAAAAUGGCCAAGGACAUUGUAAACAGGGUGAGAACUAAUAAAAUGGAAGGUUUCGUCGUAAAGCCGGUUUCGCACCAAGCAACCCUAAAGUUCUUGAAAAAAGAGUGGAACUUCAAGGGCAGUCCCAUUGUGGCUGUUAAGGAUGAAGAUAAAGGAAUAUAUGUGAACCGUAACACCUUCUACACCAUCUCCAUUUUGGGCUUAGAGGCAUUUCCCUUUGAUAAACGGAAGGAAACUGAAUUUAUCAAUGCGAUGAAAUGGAUGAUUCCUUUGUUCAAGGACUAUUCUGAUGUCGGAGACGACAAAUUAUCAACAUGGGUCAAAAUGGAGAACAAUUACAUUUUCAUCUUUGGAGGUAAAGAUAAGACCGGCUGGGCCAAAGAUAUGAAAGAAAAAAGAGAGACCAUGCUAAAAGUACUCAACCCAGACAGAACAAAGGGUACCUUUACAAUUAAGCUUUUAGAUGUGGAACAGAACUUGGACACUAAAGAGCGCUUUUGGAAGCGAUUAGAAGGCCUCUUCAUCACAAAGAUUAACCAUUAUGACGACCGUCCUAAACAGCAAAUCCAAAGGCUGUAUUCCUACAAAAACGAAGAGCGUGGAUGGUUUGCCCUUAACAAAGGAGAUGAAACGAUAAUCGUCGGAAACCGGACGUCAUUUUCGAAGAUGAUGGACGAGUUCGACAAAUGGUCAGGGAAAAUACGGCCGCAAGAGUUUGAGGUUGCCUUCAGAGACUACCAUGAGAAGACUCUCACCACCCUUUGGGGCCAGAUGAAUUGUUCACGCGUCGACAUUCCAAAAAAUGCCCCCAAAGUGAAGGAGGGCAUAAAGUGCCCCGAAUGUGACCAUGAGAUGGAGAUGUCCAUCAGGUACAAUUGCUGCCACAAUUUUAGCAGGGUUAUUCCCAUUCUUCGCACCUAGGUUUUAUCUGUUUCCAAAUGUUUUAUUGAUUAUAAAAUAUAGGGCACGUACAUACUGGUGUGAUUUUGUGUGUGUGUACGUGUGCAAGUUCAUGUAUUAAUUGG